AUGCAAGGCUCAGAGUCGAAACAGAAGGCCAAGAAGGGAUAUAGGAAGAUCAGGAAUGUCUGUGCCAUCGCCCGCGAUCACUAUCAGUAUAUCUGGAUCUAUACCUGCUGCAUCGACAAAAGAAGCAGCGCAGAGCUUCGAAAGGCCAUCAAUUCCCUGUUUCAGUAUUACCACCACGCUGAGCUGUGCUACAGCGAUGGCCGCUUUAACCAGGCCAGAUGGUCCGCAAGUGGUUGGACGUUGCAAGAACUGAUUGCGCCCCGGGAUCUGGUCUUCUACGCGAAGGACUGGAUUUUCUUCGACACUAAGGAAAGACUCACCGAUGAAAUUGCCAAUAUCACCGAUAUCGACAUUGCUUUUGUUCGAGGUAGAGACCUCAGCCAGGCCAGUGCGGCUCAGAAAUAG